AUGAGAUGGAUUCCGCUAGACUUUCCAUGGUAUAAGAUCAACACCGAUGCUGCUGUCUUCUCCGCCUCCAAAUCUGUGGGUGUUGGCGUUGUAGUAUGUGACCACGAGGGCUCUGUUUUGGCAGCUCUAAACAAGCGCAUGCCACUACCUUUGGGACCUCUAGAAGCCGAAGCAAAACCCACUCAUGAAGCAGUCUCCUUUGCCAAAGAUAUUGGACUCCAAGAUUUCAUUUCUGAGACAGACUCAACCACUAUUUUAAAUGCUCUAAAUGACAUAUCCACGACGCCUACUAGCAUUGACAACGUCAUGCGAGACACUCAUCACAGUUUGCAAGCUUUUCGAAAGUCAUGGGUACAGCAUGUCAAGCGACUUGGAAAUAGGCCAGCACACACUUUGGCACAUCCUGCCAAAGGAAUUGAUGAUUUUGUUACAUGGAUUGAGGAAACUCCACCAUGUAUUGAACCUUUUGUUUUUCCGGAUACUUUAUCCAUUGCAUAUGAAUAUAUGAGAUAUCUUGUGCCUUGUGGUGGAAAGGGUGAAGCCAUGGAGAAGGAGAUAGAUUAG